CACAUGAUUUUCAAUUGACUAUUACUUCGGUACUGGUUGUUGGAUUGGAGAGUGAUUAGUGCUAUUGUGGUAAGUUGUGAUUGAAAAAUCUGCAAUCGCCAUCGUGAUGUGGGAAAUAACAUUGCUAAAACAACUACAAAAAUGGGAUGUAUAAUGGUGUAUACGUUGCGGUGGAACAUCUGCAGCCAUCAUCAAACGUAGCUGACGUUGAAAUAUCGCAUUACAGGUACGAUCGAAGGAGUUGGAAAGCAUAUAUUAAAAAAUUACCUAUCGAAUCGAAUUGAACGUUGUUGCGGUUUGUACGAAACAGUCGCACGAGCGCGCGUACACGAGUGUGUGUGCGAGUGUAACUGUAUAAGUGUGAGUGGGUGUGUAAACGUGUACGUAUGUGCUCGUGUGUGUGCCGAGCAAUUGAUUAUGAAUGCGUUUGGUUCGGAAAAGAGCGCCAAUCGCAGUGCUGGGAAGUGGACACCAGUUGUGGGUGACGUAAGUCGGCGACAUCCGAGGACAAGUUGCGGCGUCCCUUCUGCGGUCAACCCCCAUCACAUGGCAUUAAUCGCCAUCGUGUCGAGGGUCGUCAUCGCCACCGCCGCCGCCGCCGCCGCCAGUGAAGUCGAAACCAGUGUCUCACGAGCACACAAACAUCACUGGUUCGGCCGCUGCACCGCGUUCGCUGCGACCGUCGUGCAUUAUAAUAUUAAUAUAGUAGUAUCUUAUAAAAACUGUCGACGAUUUAAUCAAGUGUUUUCGAGUAUCGUCGUUAGUCGUCAGGUUUUUUUUCUUUCUCUCGUCACAGUAUAAAUCAUAUUGCAGUAGCGCUAUUCACACCACGUGCGAUACACAUUCGAUAUAACUAUAACUAUUAUUUGAUUAAUAUAAUAUAACGUUCGUUUUAACUGAAUUCGUGACGAUAUAAUAUCACGGAUACGACGGACAAUAUUACAUGGUAAACAUCCCCGAUGGUGCUGUCGUGCUUAGUCGCCAGCAGCUUCAUCAACAGCGAUGAGCACGGGUGUCUGCCUGUGUCCGCCGAAUGGAUAACGUCGUUUUGGAUGCGGUCACGGAAUUCGGUUUUUUGGGUAUAACAAAGCGAUGAUGACUUGACGCCAAAAAACGUCUACAGAAGACGUCGAUCUGUUGCAGUCCGCACAAUUGGACCCGGCCGCCGUUCCCACAGGGGAGGAGACGGUAUGGCCGGGGGUUGAGUGGGCGUCAGUGAGGAGUUCGAUGGAUUGGUGCGCAGGUGGCGAAGAUCUGCUGGGCGACCCUACGCUGCUGGUGGCUGCGGGGAUGCUGCACGGGCCAACGCAGUUCUGCACAGACACUUGCUGUACGCCCGGACUGGAGCAGCCCAACGAGCAAACAGUUCAGUUCCAGCAGCCGGCAAUCGUUACAGUCGGUGGUUCAUACAGCAAACCGUGCGGAGACAUGGCCGACGUAUUAAUGUCUCUCAAACAUACAGUGCCAACUCCACAAUCCUCAGUAGACGAACAACAUCAACAGCAUGACCAAGCGUAUGGACUGUCCGCCAAUCAUAACGACGAUUCACAACCGCUAGUCGACUAUGGUGGUUCAUCGUAUGGUGAUCAAACGUGCUGGACUACGCUCGGAGGCAGCCACCAGCAGCAACAGGUUCAACAACACCAAUUCCCCAGCAUGAGCGUGAACGUCAGCAUGAACAUGACCAUGCACGGGUACGCACCAAUACAUGGGGACGCUCAAUUCGGAUGUCAACCGGUCGGGUGGACACUGCCUGCGUCACCGUCGCCAGUGCACCAUCACCAUCACCACCAUCACGGUCCCGUGCACCACCACCAAGGCUUGUUGAGUCCGCUGGUGUCUAUGGGUACCGGCGGUUACCAGUCGGGUGCCACGUAUUCGUUCACCGCCGACUUCCGGCCACAGGACCCGAUAUCGUCGCAACUACCACCGCCGCCGUUUGCGUGCAACAUACAACCGGCUGCACCGGCGCAGUCGUCGUCAUCAUCUGCGGCGAUGAUCGAUGACGAUUGCAAGGACUUGAAACCGUGUGCCGAAAUCCUGAUGUCGGUAAGCGGCUGCGGCAUGGGCGGCGCGGAGUGUUCUCCGGUCGGAUCGGCGACCAUCGGUGAGGACGGCUGUCGGCCCAACAUGUGCCGGAUAUGCGGCAAGACGUACGCCCGUCCCAGCACGCUCAAGACUCACCUGCGCACGCAUUCGGGUGAAAAACCGUAUCGGUGCGACGACUGCAACAAGUCGUUCAGCCAGGCGGCCAACCUGACGGCACACGUGCGCACCCACUCCGGCGAAAAGCCUUUUCGGUGCCAGAUAUGCGAUCGGCGGUUCUCGCAGUCGUCGUCCGUCACGACCCACAUGCGCACCCACUCGGGCGAGCGUCCGUACCGGUGCCGGUUGUGCAAGAAAGCGUUCAGCGACUCGUCCACGCUCACCAAACACCUGCGGAUACAUUCGGGCGAAAAGCCGUACCAGUGCAAGUUGUGUUUACUCCGGUUCUCCCAGUCCGGAAACUUGAACAGGCACAUGCGCGUCCACAGUGGCAUGAACGGCGCCGACAUCUUGUUGCCCGUAUAACGGCGGCGAACCAGCCAGUACCGCCACCGCCACAAACGUCAUCAUCAUCAUCAUCAUCAUCAUCAUAACCAUCACCACCACCGACGCGACUGUUGUCCGCAAAGUUCGACCCUUUCCUCUACCGCCACAGAACGACGCCAGAAAAACCAAAAAGAAAACCACCAACUUCGCCGCACGACCGUCAAAUCAUACAGCUGACGUUAGACAAUACGCAGUGCAACGAGUAUCCCACUCGGUGGUGUCGGUAUAUGAUUCGUCUUUCGUCCACAGUCAGUCAUCAGUAGACGAGUCCAUACACAAGAGGUUUAUUCUGUACAUAAAUAUAUGGGAACCGCUACUGCGGUUAUAUAAACAUAAAAUAGAAUAUCAUCACGCACACAUGUCAUUGUCGUGUACAUCAUUAAUUUGCGCAGAGUCAACGCGUUUUCAUCAAUCGCCUAUAUACAGCACGACAUUAAUAUCAUCAUUUUUUUGUUCGGUCCGAAUCGUUAGUGUGUAAGUAUUUUGCAUUGUUUUCGAAAAUCGAUAACAGUCGUGCACGACGAAUACGGUUUAUACACAUACGCAUUUAAGUCCACAGUAUAUAGUCACUAAACCGACGACGAGCGAAUAACGUAAUAGGUACGAUGUUGUUUUCGACUGUCCGUUGAAAACAAUAUAUAUAUAUAUAUAUACAUAACACCAAUAAUAAUCCCGUUGUGUUUUUUGUUACUCACGAAGUUGUAUCGUCAUUAUAUAGUUCAAUUUAUUAUAUUAUAGAGGUUUUCGCGUUUUUCCCCGAUAACCGAUCUACGCGCAUUGCAAUUUUUUUUUUUUUUUAUAUAAAUGUAUAAUAUAUUUACGCAUGGUCUUCGUUCUUCCUAGAGUCUAGACGAUAACAGAUUUUUAGCACAGUAUUAAUAUAAUAUUAAACAGACGACAUGAAUCACCCCGCACCCACAUCGACGCGUGCACCACUGAAAUGAAUAUGAUAAUGAUUAAUGACGACUUUAAGAAAGUCGUGUUUACACUUCACUGCAGAGCAAACGCAUAUAAAUAUAUAAUGUAGGUGUAGGUAAGGUAGCGUGAAUUAAAUCGUCUCAUUUGUUUAUUUAUAAUUUACAUAUAUUUUAAGCAGCACGUCCUCGACAAUAAUUAUUGUGUCGUUCGUAAUUUUGUGAAAUCAAUUUCCCAGAGUAUAAUUUAAUCCGCUUCUAUACAUUGUCGUACUUAUCAAAAUAUAUUCAAUUUCAAGUUCAGUUUCAGUAUACUUUAACAAUAUACCCUAACUCAAAAUUCAGAAUCAGGUCAGUUUUUGUUAAUAUAUUGUUUUCAGUUACUCCUAAAAUAAUUAUUUAAAUAUCUAGGAAUACUUACAUAACAUAAUAUAAUUUAUUUUUGAGUUUAUAACCUAUGAUACUGAAGUAUGUCCAAUUAUCCUUUCUUGAGCAAUUCAAAAUAAUAAACUAUUGGCGAUUUGUGAAAAUGAAAUUCCGCAACAAAUAAUCAAUAUUAUCUCAAUAAAUAUAUUUUUCUUUUAAUUCCAUAAUGUGAUAAAUAUUAAGACUUUGUUAAUUAUUAAUAUAAAUAUCACUUAGUGUUAAAAUUGUUUUCUUUAAUAGGAAACUACAUUACAUAAUAUAAAUAUUGUACAUUGUUAUUCUCAAUCCCCUCGUUCAUAUUAUAGUAUUUUAUUUGGAUUAGUGAAGUCUUUUGUCGUCGUAUAUGCCUAUGUAAUAUUCACGACGACGCAAAAAUUUAAAUGUUCAUAAUUAAGCAUUAACCAAAUUUUAGUUAUCUAUUAAUUUAUAAGUUAUAAAUUUUAACAGUUCUUUUUUCUUAUCAGUUAUAUAUAGUGUGUAAAAUUGAUUUUACACAUUUGUGUGUUAUUUAUGUCAUUAUAAUUAAUUAUUUUUAAAUAUUCAAGUAUAUUCUCAAUCUAGUCAAUGUAUUUAUUAUGUAUAACAAAUAACUUAUAGAAUUAUACAGACAUUUGUAAAUACGGCUGAAAAAAUAUAAAACAAUAUAAAUGCGAGUUUAAACGCAUAAUACAUAAUAUAUACAAUACAAAAAUUA